AUCCAUGAUUGGCCGUCAAGGUGGUCGCCAGUAUGUCUAUUACACUCCGGGCUGUCUGCGACGCUUGGGACAAAUUAUCCAUGAGGUCAUGCACAGUUUGGGAUUCUACCAUGAAAUGUCCCGGGUAGAUAGGGACGACUACGUCACGAUCGUUUGCAGUAAUAUUGGAAGACGCGACUGGAAGCAGUUCGUGUCGUACCGGGGCGACUUGCAGGGACUGCCAUACGACUACGACUCCUUGAUGCAUUAUCCCUUUAACGCCUUUGGUAAAGAUCUCCAGUUACCGACCAUCAUUCCCAAGAAAAAGGGCGCGCGGAUAGGCCAGCGUGACAGGAUGUCGGCGUUAGAUGUUGUACGGAUUAAACUUGGCUACAAGUGCCCUUUGACCGCCAGUGAAAAGAAGCUGGUGAAAAAACAACCUGCGGACCAAUCAUGGGAGCCCAGCAGCUGCAAAACCGCUGGUCAGCGCGCUUGAAUCAGAUUAUCAGAGAAUCACAAUCUGUUGGGUCUGCUUAAAUUUAGCUGUCAUUUCUUAACCAGAUACUUGCAUGUACUCGUGAUUGCAUGCCAUUAUGUCAGCUUUACAAUUAGCAAUGAGCAAAGGAUAGACCAUACAUUAAUUAUAAUGUUAAAUAUUCGGCAAU